CACGUCAUACGAAAUUGACGUUUGUUUAUUUUUUUUGUAUAAUCAUCAGUGUCAAUGUUGUUAUCAAGAACUUUGACCAAGUUAAAAUAUUCUAACUUUCGGUUUGUUAGUUGUUCGCAAAAUAGCAAAAUGGAUGAUCAGAGCAAGAUGAAGAUUAUUAAAUCAUGCAUUCCUCCCUUGGACAACAGUAAUUAUAAGGGACAAGCGGGCAGAAUUGGAGUAGUUGGAGGGUCAUUAGAAUAUACCGGCGCGCCCUAUUUUGCUGGUAUAAGUGCACUAAGGGUAGGAGCUGAUUUAACUCAUAUUUUCUGCACAGUAAAUGCAGCAACUGUUAUCAAGUCUUUUAGCCCAGAAUUAAUAGUGCAUCCACUGUUAGACUGGCCAAAUGCAGUUCCAGAGAUAUCACAGUGGUUUGACAGACUUCAUGCAGUAGUUAUUGGGCCGGGCCUUGGUAGGCAAAAGGAAACUUUUCAUGUGGUAACUGAACUGAUAGAAGUUAUAAGAGAAAAAAGGAUACCAUUAGUCAUUGAUGCUGAUGGUUUGUUUUUGAUAACUGAGAAACCGCAUUUGCUCAAAGAGUUUAUGUCGCCAGUUAUUUUGACACCAAACAAGGUUGAAUUUGAUAGGCUUUGCAACAAAACAAAUGGGCCAUCAGGGUUGACACAAUUAGGGAAAUAUGUAACUGUGUUAAAGAAAGGAGAAAUUGAUGAAGUAUUCAGUGGUGAUGCUGAUGCUCAAUGGAAAUCCAACCCUACAGGGUCUGGAAGGAGGUGUGGUGGCCAAGGAGAUUUGUUAUCAGGGGCUAUAGCCACCUUCCUCAAUUGGACCUUAGCUAAUCAGAACAAAAUUGAAGCUGGGAACAAUGACAAAUGUUUAAUGGCAUCUUCAUUAUCAUGUUAUGCUGCCUGCCACCUUAUUAGACUGUGCAAUAAAAAAGCUUUUGCAGAGAAAGGAAGAAGUAUGGUGGCCUCUGACAUGAUUGAUUACAUACAUCCAUCCUUUGAAGAAUUAUUUGGGCAGUAAUUAAAUUGGAACAAGUUUUUUAUUUGCAUUUAUAUCUAUACAUUGCAGUUAUUAUAAAACAACUCUUCCAAUUUGUAUUGGGAAAUUGAUACCUUGGUAUCAAAAGACAUCCAUAUUAUGGUGCAAGAAAUCGUUCCAUCAUUUUCAGAAUAAAUAAUUUCAUUUCAUAAAGACAUAUUUGCACCAGUUGCAACAUUAUACACAAAUCCUCUAAUUUCUAAACAUCAUAUUUGGUGGCAUUAAUCAGUUGAAUAUAAAAGAAGUAUAUUAAAAAGAUUUAAAAUGA